AUGGAAGUGGAGCACGGUAGCAACAAUGGCCUCAUUGAGCCAAAGAAGCUGCCGAACCCAGUCAGAGAGUCCAAAACUCACCAGGAGCUCCAUCGGGAGCUGCUGUUCAGCCACAGGAGGAGGCUGUUGCCAGAACACAAACCAGAGCUCCAGAAGGUUCUGGAGACCAGGAGAUUCAAGCAGCUGAAGCAGCAGCAGGAGUCACAGAGGCCUCUGACAGAUCUGGAAGAGGAGCUGAGGAAACGACACCGGAAGCUGGAGCAGAUGCAGCUAGGUCAACAGAAGAUUUCUCUGGAGGCAGUGGAUUUACUACAGUAAUUACAAAACACUUUCCAUCACUGGUUCGGUUGUGGAGUAGGGGUUUGGUGGGGAUGUGGUUCAUGGUUUGUCUGACAGUUUUGGGUGGAUUAGGGAUUAGGUUGGGAUCUGGUUUUAGCUUUGGCUGCUAGUUUGGGGAUAGAAUAGCAAUUUGUUUGGGUUCUGGUUUGACGUUUGGCUAAUGGUUAGGAUGUGGAUUAGGGGUUGUGUUGGGAUACUGUUUUAAAUUUCGCUGAUGGUUUGGGUGUGGAGUCCAUAUUGGGUUGGAAUCUGGUUUGUGGGUUAUCUGAUGGUUGGGUGUGGAGUAGAGGUUGGUUGGGGAUUCCGUUUGAGGUUAUUCUGACCUUUUGGAUAUGGUAUUCGGGUUGGGUUAGGAUCCAGUUUUAGUUUGACUGACGGUUCAGAUAUGGAGUAGGAUUUGGGUUGGGAUCCAGUUUGUGGUUAGGCUGACAGUUUGGCUGUGGGGUAGGAGUUGGAAUUGGAUCAGAUAUGAGAUUUUGCAGAUGGU